AUGGAUGAAUUUAUGGAUGAAGUUAAAUAUAAAAAAGCAAAAAACGAUUGGGUUACUGGCCAUGAGGGUGGAUCUAUGUGGGAAAUCUGUUUUAUAGCAAGUGUCCUUCUGAAAAAAAGGAGAACAUGGGAAAGUAGUUCUGAUGAAGAUGAAUUUGACAUAUCAUUAAACGAAGAAAAAUCCAGUGAUAGGGAAUUGACGACUGAGAAUUCUAAAAAUAAAGAAAUUAACAUUAAUAAUGCCAAGAGGAAGCCUUUUUUGAGUGCAUAUAGGUCUUGUAUGAUGAUUUUAACUUGUUUGUCUAUUUUGGCGGUGGACUUUCCGGUUUUCCCGAGACGACUAGCAAAAACAGAGACAUAUGGAACUUCUCUCAUGGACCUUGGAGUUGGUUCUUUUGUGUUUUCAUCAGGUAUCGUGGCUGCACGACCAUUUCUUAAAAAACCAGAAAAUCGGUUCAAGCCAUUCAAAGGACAGUUGUUAAUGGCGGUCAGACAAGCAUUACCAUUAUUAGUACUUGGAUUUAUACGACUAAUUAUGGUGAAAGGUGUUGACUACCAAGAACAUACAACUGAAUAUGGAGUACAUUGGAACUUCUUUUUUACCCUUGGAUUUUUGCCCAUAUUUGUUACUAUUUGUAGAACUGUUCAUAAAUAUAUCCGAUUUUCUGUCGUUGGGUUGUCCAUUGCCAUUUUAUACCAAAUUGUUCUUUAUGGGUUUGGCCUUGAAGAUUACAUACAAAAUGCCCAUCGUACUGAUUUUAUUAGUUCGAAUAAGGAAGGGAUAAGCAGUUUUUGGGGUCACUACAUACUACCAAUUGACCCUUAUUAUGCAAUUCGUCAAAAUCGAAAAACCAAAAAGCCAAAACCAAAAAAAUUAGGAAUGAAGAUUGCGAAUUUAAGUUAUAUAGUUUGGGUGGUAGCUUGUAAUACGACCUUUUUAUUAUUAUUUCAAGUAGUGGAAAUAAUUUUUUUUAAAGAUUAUUGGAAUAAUGAAAGAAAUUUACCAAUACUAAUUGAAGCUGUAAAUUCUAAUGGGUUGGCUGCAAAUAUAUUAACUGGACUAGUUAAUUUAUCCAUGCGUACUUUAUUUAUAAAUGAUGGAUUAGCUGAAUGUAUAUUAGCGAGCUAUAUGUUUGUUGUUGUUGCUAUAGCCGAUACAGAGGCCUCUGCAAUUAUGAUUAGCCGCGCAAUUUUAUAUGAACGUUGCACCUUUGUACUCUUAUUAGAUCCGGACAUUAAGAGCCUGUUUACUGCUAACUCUAAUGAUACAUUGCAAAUAAUUGUUUCUUCAACUACAUUCAUUUUGCUGUUGUAUACUGAACGUUGGCAAGUCUGCUUUCUUGCUACAGCCACUUUACAACAGUUACUUAUUGUAGACGAUUUCCUAUUACCUUUUCUACAAAAUUAUUUCAAAAUUAAGGAUAUACCGUUCGUCAUGAUCGGUGUAGUGUUCGUUUGGGCUUACUUGAUAACUGCUUCCCUAAGCGUUAUUGCACAAUCCAUCGGAUUAAAAGAUGGUUAUAACAAUAGUGAUCCAAGACUUUUUAAGUCGUUGUUGAGAGGUGCAUUGGCUAGAGUGGUAGCCGCACAUCAGGUUGCUUUAGAAAAUGCUCCAGCAUUUUUCGCGGCAGUUAUUAUUGCAUCAGCAAAUAAGGUGCCUCUAAGAUACAGAACUAGUUUUUCUGUCAUGUAUACAGCCCUACGAAUUAUUCAUACACCGCUCUAUGUAUUAGAUUUUGACAUUGCCCGUGCUAUCGUACAUAUAAUGGCAUUGUCAUGUACUGCAUGGCUAUUCGCAUUCGCCCUUUUGCCUGGCUUUGAAAAAAAUUAUUCGUCUAUAAUUGAAGUUGUAACCAUCUUACGAAGCGUAUCCGAUGAUUCUACUUGGACAUUUGAUUAA